AUGACAAGAUUUGGGACCGGUCAUUUACUCACUGAUGCGCCUUGCAUCAGCAUUCAUACUUCAGUGAAUGUGCCUCGACUCACAGAUGUUUUUAUGGCUGAAAGUGAACCUCUUGAGCCGGAGAACAAGCGGUCAUGGGUAGAUAUGCAUGAGAAUAACAAAGAGGCAAGCGAAGUGACACUAACGUCUGAAAAAGCGAUGACAUUAACAGAUGCGGACAAGUGGAAGAAAGAUUCGGACCAAAGUCGUAUGGAUCCGUGUCGUUUUACUCGCGACGACCGAGUUGGUGAUAAUGAUCAAGCACCAAUAUUGGUUGUACUCGACCUUGAUGAUUUGCUGGCCAAACUCAAGUCAGUCAAACGAGUCAAUGUCGUACGCGCGGGUUUGGCAUCUCAGUUCACUGUCAAGUCUCCGGAUGAAGCUAUUUGCGUAACAAGAGGGACGGAUCGGUGA